CAGGAUCAGUGGGAGUUCAAAUGCUGCGCUACUGAAGUUGAUGGUCUUCCGUUGGGCGUUAACGUAUAGGCCUUUUGAUGCUGGAGUCAAAAGGCUUACGCACUCAAGUGUCUACUUGUCACGUCUUCCAGACCACGACUCCAAGGAGCUUUUACAAAAUGCCCUUAGGGAUUUACACUUGAUUGUAUCUGAAAUAAAACACAGUCUAUGUCCAGCGUUUCCAGCAUUCCAAGAUUUGUUACGCUAUCAGUUUGAAUCUCAGGGAAAGCUUGUUCGUCCAUUGCUUGUUACUCUCGCAGCAGCGUGCGCCAAUUCACACAUAGAAUGCAGCACUCCCCUUAUUGUAAAAUAUGAGUCAUCUGUAUCGAGCCAUGCUAGGAAUCUGGCAUAUUUAGUCUCUCCCGAACAACAUGAGAUUGCCAAAAUCACAGAAAUGAUCCAUACAGCAAGUCUUAUCCACGAUGAUUUGAUUGACUCAGCAUCUAUCCGAAGAGGGAAAACAUCGGCUUAUAAAGCCUUUGGACAUAGAGAGGCAAUUUUGGGAGGCGACUUCAUACUGACUCAUUCAUCUCGUUUAUUAGCCCAGAUAGGAGAUACUGGAGUGAUAGCUGUUCUUUCUCAAGUUAUUGAAGAUCUCAUUCAUGGUGAAAUGAUGCAGCUUGCACCCAACAGCGAUGAUGAUGAUAAAAGGUUUCAAACCUAUCUGACGAAAACCUACCGAAAAACAGCGAGUCUUAUUGCUAACAGCUGUAAAGCAGUUGCUAUGUUGACUGUCCCAACGCUAUCUCAGCGUCACAUUGAUAAUAUGUACGAAUUUGGCAAACAUUUGGGAAUGGCAUUUCAAUUAAUCGAUGAUGUUUUGGACUUUGUAACUGAUGAGGCGAACCUGGGCAAACCUAGUGGGGCAGACCUACAAAUGGGUCUUGCAACUGGACCUGUGUUGUUCGCUGCCCAAAGAUAUCCUGAACUAAACGCCAUACUGCUGCGGCAAUUCAGUUUAGAUGGGGAUACUGAAAGAGCUUUAGAAUUAGUUAAACAGUCCGAUGGAGUUGGUCAGACUCGAAUGUUAGCUGAGUUUCAUUUCCAGGCAGCUCAAAGAUGUUUAUUUCAAUUCAGGGAUUCUUUAUCAAGAAAGGCUCUUCUACAUGUUGCAGCGAAUUUUCUACAACGUGAUCGAUAAAAUCGUAUUUCCUCUAGUCAAAUCUUAUUUUACCCAUUUUUCUGUUCGUCUGUUUGGCCUUAAUUUUGAAUAAUUUUACCUGUUUCCUUUUUUUCCUGGUUUACAUCCACAAUACCUAAGGAACGGUACAUUACAAUUAACUAAGAUAUUUAUCCUAAUUUGUAUUUUCAGUCUACUCUUAUUACUUUGUUACCUAGUUUAUACAUUAAUAUGAAGAAAAAGAUACUUACGUGAUAUCUUUAUAUAGUUUGCCUUCGUUAACAUAUUAGUACUAGUCUGUAACUUAUUUCGAUAACCGCUCAACGAGAUUGCUAUUUUUUCAGAACUGGUCUUUCAGCGUUUGUUCCUAAAAUUAGCACAUGUCAAAUAUAUAUAUAUUGCAAACAGCUCUUUUAGGUUUUUAUGUAUCACUAUAAAAAACAAACCACUUAAAUUUGUGUUUACAAUGGUAAUUUGAGCGUCAUUUUA